AUGGAAGGCGAACUUGAGAUGUUUAUUGUUUACUGUAUGUUGCAGUAUCUGUGAAAUCUACGGUGCUGGGAGGUGUGUUUGAAAUGUUAUGUUGCGGUCUGUUGUUUAAACUUGUUAUGUAAACACUGCAGAAAUAUAGUAUUUUUAGGGAUAACUGUGCGUUAUCCAAUUAAGGAUGGCACAUCUGAGCCUCAACCAGUACUUACAAAGGGUGGAAGAUGCUUGGCAGAACAGGGAUGGUACAACGUUAUCAGAGUACUUGUCGUUUCGGCAUCCUCAUGUUGCCAGCAGCAAACUCCAAGUAUCAAAUCCAGAGGCAGCUGUUGAAAAAAUCGUUGAGCCACCACUGGAUGAAAUAGUCUCAGCACAUUUGAGAUGUGUUACUGCUGUCAAUAACCAAGAAUUUAUGCCUGCAUAUAACUAUCAGACUGGGAUGGUACAAGCUGUGACAAAAUUGCUUCAGUCUCAGAGGGACCAGAAUUGGGCCCUACCAGUAAUGUGUGCUGCUUGUUUAGACUUGCGAAUGAUUGCCGUACAAGCAGAUAAACAAGUUACACAUCGCUCUGUGGAGAGCCCCAUGGAAAUUUUUGAGAAAACUGCUGAAUGUUUAAUGGGUUGCUUUAGGAUAUGUGCAGCUGACAACCGAUCGACAGAAAUAUCUACCAAGAGAUGGGGAAUGCUUCCACUAGUAAACCAGUUGUUUAAAGUGUAUUUCCGAAUAAACAAACUCCAUUUGUGCAAGCCUCUUAUCAGAGCAAUUGAAUCAUCCCCUUUGAAAGACAAUUUUUCUCUUAGUCAGCAGAUAACAUAUAAGUAUUAUGUUGGAAGGAAGGCAAUGUUUGACAGUGAUUUCAAAUCAGCUGAUACCUAUUUGUCCUUCGCAUUUGAAAAAUGCCACAAGAAAUGUGUGAGAAAUAAGCGCUUGAUUCUAAUAUAUCUGGUUCCUGUGAAGAUGUUACUUGGUUACAUGCCAAAGAAAAAGGUCCUUGCCAAAUAUGAUCUUCUUCAGUUUUGGGAGCUUGUAGAGGCUAUUAGAAGUGGAAAUAUCAGGCAAGCCAAUAAAGUGAUACAGCAGCACCAAUUCUUCUUCAUAAAAUGUGGUAUAUAUUUAAUUCUUGAGAAACUGAAAGUAAUUGCAUACAGGAAUUUGUUCAAAAGAGUGCACUGUAUGCUGGACACUCAUCAGAUUCCAUUGGAAGCACUUCUCAUAGCCCUUAAGAUAAUGGGCACAGAUGAUAUUGAUUUAGAAGAAAUUCAGUGUAUUGUUGCAAACUUAAUAGCUGAAAAGAAAAUAAAGGGCUAUCUGUCUUAUAGCCAUAAAAAGUUAGUUGUAAGUAAGCACAUGCCCUUUCCGGCACUGAGCUCAAUAGUCUGAUACAAAAGGGCAAUAUAUAUCUGUGUGUGUGUGUGUGUGUGUGUGUGUGUGUGUGUGUGAAAAAUGGGGG